CGCUCGCGCUCGCCGCGGCUGCCCCGGUUGAGAAGAUUUUCGGUAUUAACCCUCGCGAUAUCCUGCACUCGCGCCCGCCCGCGGCUGCCCCUCCGAUCCCGUACAAGGGCACCGGCUGCUACGAGGACCACGCCUGCGGAGUCGGCUGCCCCAAGGGGUACGUCUCGAUGCCGGACCGGUACGUGAAGGCGACGUCGGACAUGUGCUCCGACUUCUGCUGCCCCAAAGACCGCCUCCACCCGCCGCCACCUCCCGUCACGGGCUGCGAGCUCGACGGCCAUGCUGCGGUCUGCAAGGCGCGCGCGCACACACACACACCUGCCACCACCCAGGAACACCACAGAGAUAAAAGGCCCACCGAGACCCUCCCGCGACCCUCUCGGCACGCUACCGGUACCGAGGCAGAAGGCGCCCUGGGGUGGGCCGGCCCGUGUGCCGGCCUUCGAGGGCGAGCCUGUCGCGCGUCCAUGACACGCCCGGGACACGUCCACAGACAGACAGACGGAGCCGAGGCUGGAACGCCGCGCCCCGAGCCCUCACCGUCCUCGUCCUGCGCCCCGAGCGCCACCCGCCGCGUCGCCACAUACGCGCCAUACGCGCCCUGCAGUUCAAACGCGCGCCCGCCCGAAAACGGAAUCCACACUUGCUCCAGGGGUAGGGGGGCCCCGUCAUACUGCUGUGAAUACGUCCCGAACACAUAUGCUGUGACCUGGUAGCAUAUGCCCCCAGCCGUAGCAUAUGCGUCCUCAGCCGUGCCAGCUGCGUCCGGCCAGGCGCGCACGGAGCAGCCAGAGUGCUUCGCCGCCUACGCCGCGAAGAAGGCGGAGAAGUCGGGACUGCCCGGCCGGUACUUUGAGCAGAUCCUGCAGUGCAGCUGCGAGAACAAGCCGCCCGAGCUCUGCAUCAACGCGCUCGAGGGGGAGCCGGCCGCCGCCGCCGCGCCGCCGCCCGAGCUCUACCUAGCCCUCGGGGGAAUCACCGCCGCCGGAGCGGGCGCCGGCCCCCCCGUCGGGCUCCUCGCCGCGAUGGUCUACAUCCGGGGCAAGCGCAAGCAGAUGAUGGUCUGAAAGGACCCCCCGAGGGCCGCGGCUUGGGGAUUUCGGUGGGACCCGGUUUGGCGCGCGAUGCGCACCAAUUCGCACACACGAUAUCCAUGUCCACACACAUACACACACCACUUCAGGGUUUUCACAGUUUCCAGGGGAACAGGGGGGGCGGGGGGCGGGCCUGAAUGAACGAAAGUGGC